UCUCCAUAGUUUUCUUUUCUUGUCCAGUGAGUGUUGCACAGCACAACCAUGACGACGACGACGACUACUUAAUUUCCCAGAGAUUAAGAUUCCACUUCAAAUGCCUUAUUCUGCGUCUCUCCAUCUUCUUUUUCCGUUCAAUCGCACUCACCGUUACAUCGCCUAUUUCUCGAUGAGGUUGUGCAUAUGCGAUCAACUGCUGAAAGAUGUUUGACUGUGGUUACAAGUCACAAUACAUGGGUGGCCAGCCGGAGAACUUUUUGAGGUUGGAGUCAUUGGAUUCUAGACUGUCUUCAUCUUCUGAUGCUGGAGUUAAAAAAUCUGGAUUUAAUAUUGACAAAUUAAGCCAUGAUGGUCAUGGAAGGAGCGUAACCUCUAGGUCUUUUAAAAGAGGAAUGAGAAAAGGAUCUGAAGGACUUAAGUCAAUUGGUCGAACACUUGGAUUGGGGGUAUCUAGGGCAGUCUUCCCGGAAGAUCUUAAAGGGUCAGAAAAGAAGAUAUUUGAUCCUCAAGACAAAUUUUUGCUCUUCUGGAAUAAGCUUUUUGUUAUCUCAUGCAUUUUGGCUGUGUCUGUGGAUCCACUGUUUUUUUAUCUCCCUGUCAUCAAUGAUUCAUUACACUGUCUUGGCAUAGACCAAAAGUUGGCAGCCAUAGUUACCACCAUAAGGACAGUCAUUGAUGCUUUCUAUCUUAUGCACAUGGCUCUCCAAUUUCGUACUGCUUAUAUUGCUCCAUCCUCUCGUGUCUUUGGGCGGGGUGAGCUUGUGAUAGAUUCAGCACAGAUAGCCAAGCGAUACUUGCGGCGGUAUUUCAUCAUAGAUUUCCUAUCUGUGUUGCCGAUACCACAGAUUGUGGUUUGGAGAUUUCUUCUGAGGUCAAAAGGUUCAGAUGUACUAGCUACAAAGCAGACCUUGCUGUUCAUUAUCUUGCUUCAGUAUGUUCCUAGAUUUCUUCGAAUGGUACCAUUGACUUCAGAGCUUAAGAGAACAGCCGGUGUCUUUGCUGAAACUGCAUGGGCAGGUGCUGCAUAUUAUUUGCUGUUAUACAUGCUUGCUAGUCAUAUAGUUGGUGCUUUUUGGUACUUGUUAGCUAUUGAACGUAAUGACUCAUGCUGGCAAAAGGCUUGCAGUGACGAUGGGUGCAAUAAAAACUUUCUGUAUUGUGGCAACCAGCAAAUGGAAGGUUAUAGUGCUUGGCAGAAUAGAAGUAAAGACAUUCUUAAUUCAAAGUGCUCUGCCAAUGAUGAUCCUCCACCUUUUGAUUAUGGAAUUUUCAAGCAAGCAUUGUCAUCUGGUAUCGUUUCAUCUAAGAAGUUUUUGUCCAAAUACUGUUACUGUUUAUGGUGGGGGCUCCAGAAUUUGAGUACACUUGGCCAGGGGCUUCAAACUAGCACCUAUCCUGGGGAGGUUAUCUUUUCAAUAUCACUAGCUAUAUUUGGCCUCAUCCUCUUUGCGCUUCUAAUUGGAAACAUGCAGACAUAUCUUCAGUCUCUUACCAUUAGGCUCGAGGAAAUGAGAGUCAAAAGGCGUGAUUCAGAGCAGUGGAUGCGUCAUCGCUUGCUCCCACAAGAGCUUAGAGAGCGUGUGAGACGGUAUGAUCAAUAUAAGUGGUUGGCAACGCGGGGCGUAGAUGAAGAUAGUCUAGUUCAGAGUCUACCAAAGGAUCUUCGAAGAGAUAUUAAGCGUCAUCUCUGUUUGGCUUUAGUGAGGAGGGUUCCACUAUUUGAGAGUAUGGAUGAGAGAUUGCUUGAUGCCAUAUGUGAGCGACUGAAACCAUGUUUAUUUACAGAGAGUACUUACAUUGUCCGGGAAGGAGAUCCAGUUGACGAGAUGCUUUUCAUCAUACGUGGCCGCCUUGAAAGUGUUACCACAGAUGGUGGGAGGAGUGGAUUUUUCAACCGCGGUUUUCUAAAAGAGGCUGACUUUUGUGGGGAGGAGCUUUUAACAUGGGCUCUGGAUCCCAAAUCUGGUUCUAAUCUCCCAUCUUCUACUCGAACAGUUAAGGCAUUAACAGAGGUUGAGACCUUUGCCUUAACGGCUGAUGAGUUAAAAUUUGUUGCCAGUCAGUUUAGGCGGCUUCACAGUAGACAGGUUCAACACACUUUCCGUUUUUACUCCCAACAAUGGAGGACUUGGGCUGCUUGUUUUAUUCAAGCAGCAUGGCGUCGGUAUUCUAAAAAGAAAAUUAUGAAGCUUCGUCAAAAGGAAGAAGACGCUGCUGAGUCCGAAGGAACUCAUGAUAAUGCUGGUGGCAGUUCACAUAGCCUUGGUGCCGCCUUGUUGGCCUCAAAGUUUGCUGCGCACACUCUUCGUGGUGUACAUCGCAAUCGAAUUGCCAAGACUGCCAGGGAGUUAGUAAAACUACAGAAACCCCCCGAGCCUGACUUUACUUCAGAUGAUGCAGACUAGAUUUUCACGUGUAACUAAUCUCUUGAAAUGUUUAUUUUCAUUAACUAUUAUGAUUGGAACUUGUGAAGAAAGGUCAAUUAUACAAUUAUUCUGGUUGCUUUUGCGAGGAUUUCAAGAGCUCUAUGACUCUGCGAAUGUUUCCUUGUAAAUUAUAGAUUGUACAUUAAGCCAACUGGCUGUCAUAUUAGGCCUACCACUGAGCAUGUAAAAUUGAUGUAAUGUUGUCAAUUUUAUUAAUUGGUUGGCUGAAUCAAGG